AAGGACACGUGAUUUCCAGGAAAACGGGAGGGGCGGAUAAAGGAUCGGGAAGGAGGUGGCCGUGCCCCGCGCUGAAGACACGGCACGGCACGGCACGGCACGACACGGCACGUCACGGCACGGCACGGCACGGCACGGCGGCUUUGCGGACCCGCACCAUGGCAGCGCCGGAGAAGGAGGGGGAAGCCCAGAAGCUGCGGUUCGGACAGUGGCUGCUGAACGCCAUCAACAGCGGGAGCUACCGGGGGCUGCGCUGGAUCGACUCUGCCCACACCGUCUUCCGCGUCCCCUGGAAGCACAACGCCAGGAAGGACAUCACCAGCAGUGACCUGGAGGUCUUCGAGGCCUGGGCAAAGGUCAGUGGGCGGUAUGAGGAAGGCUCCGAGAACCCGGCCAAGUGGAAGACCAACUUCCGCUGUGCCCUGAGCAGCACCCACUUGUUCAAGCUGGAACAGGACCAUUCCAAGCGUGCUGAUGACCCCCACAAGGUCUUCUCCAUUGUCUCAGCCACCCUCGAGGACAGCAAGGAGGGAGAUUCUGGCAUCUCCAACCCUGUGGUGGACCAGCAGGCAGCACAACAGCAGCUGCAGCUGGAGCUCCAUCCCCAAGACAUGGCCUCAGCCAUCUCUGUCCCAGGAAGCACCGACCCCACAGAGCUCUCGAUUCUGGAGGAGCUGCUGCAGCAGUGUGACAUCUCUCCCCGCAACCUUGGCUCUCUGGCCCCAUCCUGGGUGCCUGCAGUUGGUUUCCCUGCUGGGGACACUCCCCACCAGGACAUCGUGCUCCAGCCUCACCAGGACACUUUGCUCCAGCCUUAUGCAGAGACCAGCCAAAACAGCUGCUUCCCUCCCACGACAUUUCCACAAUGGGUGCCCACGGUGGAGCAGCCCACCUUGGACACCUAUCAACCAAUGGGCCUCAUGCCACCAGAGGAGACAGCUGCAGGGGCCAUGCCACCACCGUGCCACCUGAUGGAGGGCACGGUCCCCAUGCAGUACGUGGCGGAGGCGACGUCGUUCGUGCCCGCCGCCAGCCCUGUGCCGCAGCCACAGCUGCUGCUGGAUAGCACAGAUGGCAUCGUCUCCAUCCUGGAUGUCACCAUCUACUACCGGGGGAAGGAGUUCCACCGGGAGGUGGUGGGGGGCAGCCGCUGCCUGCUGACCUACCAGCGCCCCAGCCUGCCGGGGGCGCCGUGCCCCUGGCACGUGGUGCACUUCCCCAGCCCCGCCAGCCUGGCCGACGGCAAGCAGCGGCGCAUCACCGAGGAGCUGCUGGGCAUCGCGGGGCUGCAGCUGGAGCAACGCGCCUACAAGGUCUUUGCCACCCGCCGGGAGAAGUGCAAGGUGUUCUGGGCCUUGUCCCAGCAGCUCGAGGGGGUCGAGGAGCCCCCACCCAAUCUGCUAUGCCGGGACCAGGAAACGCCCAUCUUUGACUUCAAUGAGUUUUGCAUAGAUCUGAGGGACUUCCGCAACGGCCAAAGGCGGCGAUCCCCUGACUUCACCAUCUACCUCUGCUUUGGGCAGGCCUUCUCCAGGGCCAAGCCUAAGGAGUCCAAGCUCAUCCUGGUCAAGCUGGUGCCCAAGUUCUGUGAGUACUACUACGAGCAGGUGCUGCAGGAGGGAGCCUCCUCCCUGGACAGCCACACCAUCAGCCUCCAGCUCUCCAACUCCUUUGACCUCAUGGAGCUCAUCGAGCAGUACAACAUGCAGCUGGGCUGAGCCCUCCUGCCCUGCUCCCCAUGGCCCUGGUGCAGGCAGCAGGACCACUGGGCAUCCCAGGCUCUGCAAACCAGCACCCCUCAACCCCAGGACAACUUCAAUGACCCAUCCUGGAGCUCACACAUUGCUUUUCCUCUCUGUCAGCUUCUAGUGUGUGUUUUUGUGGAGUGUGGUAAUUUACAGAUUUAUUUUCUUAAUUUUUCCAAGUUUAAAAAAAAAUAUAUAUAUAGAAACAUA